GCGCUCGUGGCGAAACCAUCAGCUGUCGCUCGUACCCACGCUCUGCGCGCCUCACCUCGCACUACCAUUUUUCCAUGGCGGCAGCGGCUGCUCACCUCCUCUCUUCCCCACCCGUCACAUCCGGCCGACCUCCACGGCCAAGCCUAUGGCAUCACCGCCGCACCGGCACACACCAGACCGAAGCUACCAGGAGCAUAUCCUGCCGCGCGACACUUGGCCCCGAUGCCCCCCUGUCCGCGCUCGCCGCCCCCGGACCGGCAGCCGCCACGGGGAGGACGUACCUGCGGGAGCACUCCUGCCUCCUCUUCCCGUCUCCGCGCGGCCGCCGCCCGCUCGCCGUGGUCAAGUUCCUCGGCGGCGCCUUCAUCGGGGCCGUCCCCGAGGCGACAUACGGCUACCUGCUGGAGCUCCUGGCGCAGGAGGGCUUCCUAGUGGUGUGCGUGCCGUACAACGUCACCUUCGACCACGCGGCCGCCGCGCGGGAGGUCUUCCAGAGCUUCCACGGCUGCUACGACGAGCUCCUCGCGUCGGGGCUGCCAGAGGCUGGGAUAAGCGCAAUGGACAUCGCGGGGCUCCCGCUAUACUCCGUUGGCCACAGCAAUGGGGCGCUGCUUCAGCUGUUGGUGGGGAGCUACUUCUCGGAAAAGAUACCAAAGGCUAAUGCCAUUGUCUCAUUCAACAAUAGGCCCGCUUCGGAGGCUGUUCCUUACUUUGAGCAGAUAGGCCCACUAUUUAGUCAACUAAUGCCUAUGAUGGAGGCAUCACCUGUAUACUCCGUGGCAAGAGAUGCAUCAGGGGGCGCAUGGAAGGCUCUAUUUGAUUUAGCUGGAGGUUUGAUACAAGAGUAUGAUCGAGAAGCUAUGGCAUCUGUGAGCAAAUUUGUUGAUCAGUUACCCUCUGUAAUGAAUCAGGUUACGGAAGGUGUAUCUGAAUUCAAACCAACGCCGCCUGAGAACCGUGAAUUCUGCAAGAACUCCUACAGUGUACCAAAUACAUUAUUGGUGAAAUUCAGCGUCGAUGCUAUUGAUGAUACAGACAUAAUUGAGAACAUCUUGCAGCCUCGGGUAGAAUCAAUUAAUGGACAAGUAAAGAAGGUCACACUGUCAGGAACACAUCUAACUCCAUGUAUACAGGAUGUUAAAUGGCAGGCUGGUUCACAAUACACUCCAGCAGAUGCUCUGGCCCAGGGUUUAAAAUCAUUGGCUCUCAAUGAGACCAGGGUCCUCUCAAGAACUAUCGCUGAUUGGUUUAGAUCCAUUUAGAACCUUAGAUUCUUAAUUAUUGUAUGACUAUUGAAGUUCAGAAUGCUGCUUAUGAAGAACUGGCUGAUGCAAUUGGCUGGGUGUGGAGCAGUGGAGGUUUGCCUUUGCAAGGACACAUAAGAGUAAAUGUUAUUGCACCUACGGCUCUAAGAGAGAUGCAUUUGGACCGAAUUGAGUACGUCUAUCGUGCAAGCUCACUGGCAGUCCGUACUAGUAUUAUUAUCUGAUCAAGAUUUGGAGGUUUGGGGCAAGUCUUGGGACCCUAGUCAGACUGUGCAAUGCAUUUGACCCAAAUACCAGGAGAGCAGUGAUCAGGUAUGGCACCAGCGAGUCUGAGUUGGCCGUAUAGACCUUGCAGCAGGCAACCCUGUCCAUGCACGGCCUUCUGAUGAUUGGCAAUUUAUUGCAAUACAAUAUUUUUCUGUAUAGGUGUUACAUUUGGGACAAUUUUUGUGUACUUUGUUUAAUUGUGAGGAUGCUUGUAAUGAGCACUUGGUGCAAAGAAAAGCUGUUG